CGAUCCCUUGCAACCCUAGCCUUCGAUCGAAUUGCCCCAGAUCACAAACCACAUUAAAAAAAGACUCCCACGUUCUCUUCUCUCUCCGUCUCUCUCUCUCUCUCUUCAUUUCUCAUUGACUCUCUCUUUCUCUCUCUCUCUGCACAGUGCCAAUGGCGGAUCCAAUCGCGAAGGCUCUGAUCGCGUUUGCGCUCUUAGCUUCCCUUUUGCUGUGCUUGCAAGCUUCCUCCGAUGUCCCCUUCAUCGUCGCUCACAAAAAGGCCUCCCUCAACAGACUCAAGUCCGGCGCCGAAAGGGUCUCCGUCACCAUCGACAUCUACAACCAAGGAACCUCGACGGCCUAUGAUGUAAGCUUAUCAGACGAUAGCUGGCCAAGUGAUGCUUUUGAUGUAAUCAGUGGUAGCACAUCAAAGUCAUGGGAAAGGCUUGAUGCUGGUGGCAUCAUUUCUCACACAUUUGAGCUGGAGGCAAAAUCAAAGGGAGUAUUUGCUGGUGAACCAGCUGUCAUAAAGUUCCGUGUUCCCACAAAGGCUGCUUUGCAGGAGGCAUAUUCAACUCCCAUAUUGCCUUUGGAUGUUCUUUCUGAUAGACCUCCCGAGAAGAAGUUUGAAUGGGCUAAGAGGUUGCUGGCUAAGUAUGGAUCUCUAAUCUCGGUGAUCUCCAUCAUGGUCCUGUUCAUAUACUUGGUAGCUUCACCAUCAAAAUCCAGCGCAAAGGGAAGCAAGAAGAAGCGUUAAUCAUUGGCAAAUUAGAGCAUUUGCAAUCAGACACUUUGGAGGCUAGAUCAUGAUAUUCUGAUGGUGGUCAGUUUUUACAUAGUUGGACUUUUUUGAACGAAUGGUUAAAUGAGUUAGUGAGAGAACAAAUUAAUUUCUUGACGGCAUAGCCUAAACAGUUGUUUCUGGUUCUCACUGGACGGAAUGUAUCUUUUAGCUAGCAAAAGUAUAUUUCUUAAUUACCUGAUCUCUCUGCCAUUUUGGAUUGAAUACCAUAUUUUCUGGUGAACUCUUAAGUUUGAUUUCCUUUGUAAA